AUAUUAUAUAUGCUUACAUUUAUAAAAAUGACCAUGGUUAUUGUGACCAUUAGUGACCCCCAUAAUAAGCCAGAGAUGACCAUCAUUAAACCAUUGAACCUGCCUCGCCUGCGUGUAGGUAAAUUUCAAGAUGGCGGUGAAAACUGUAGCGGGAAGUUUGAAUUGCUCAACAGUUUUAAAAUAAUGAGACGGUCGUAUGCACCAAGCCAGGUUUUAAAACGAAAAGAGUCUCCUUUGAUCGAAUUUGACAGCGAUAGUGAUGGAGAAGAGAAGCCGCUUCGCAAGAAGAUGCAUAUAAAGACUGAUGAAAAACCGAACUUUUCCACACAAUAUUCACAACGAUUUAUUAGGCAACCAUUUACUCAACUCUGUUUCAAUUGUAAUGGCAAGCUCACGGAGCACGAAUCUCGAAUCAAAAAUAUAUUGAGCAAGCCUUUCAAGAUACCCAUUCCGAAUUAUCAAGGUUUUUCAAAUGGCCGUACAUUGGGUAUCAGAAGGCAAGGUCCUAGACGAUCCUUACAUGAUCCUGAUGAUCCAGAUGCUCUUAUUUUGUUUGCUCCCUCACCUCAGAGUGAACAUGAAAAACUGAAAUCAAACCAGGAUUAUGAAGUUCAUGUUGUAGUUGACCCAAUCUUGUCUAGGGUUCUUCGUCCACAUCAACGAGAGGGUGUUAAAUUUCUUUAUGACUGUGUAACUGGUGUGAAAAUACCUGACAGUUAUGGUUGCAUUAUGGCUGAUGAAAUGGGUCUUGGUAAAACAUUACAGUGCAUAACUUUGUUGUGGACUGUUCUAAAACAAAGUCCUUCAGGAAAACAAUUAAUUGAUAAAGCCAUUAUUGUUGCCCCAUCAAGUCUAGUGAAAAAUUGGUAUAAUGAAAUCAACAAGUGGUUGCCAGGAAAGCUAAAUCCGUUGGCUAUUGACUCUGGCUCAAAAGAUCAAAUUGAUUCUAACCUUACAAGUUUUAUGUCGCAGUCCAGUAAAAGGGUGUAUAAUUCCAUUCUCAUUAUAUCAUAUGAAACAUUCCGAGCUCAUUAUGAGAAGUUAACGAGUAGUGGUGUUGGACUUGUCAUCUGCGAUGAAGGUCAUCGAUUAAAGAAUCUCGAAAGUCAAACGUAUCAAGCACUUGAUAAAUUAAAAACACAACGUAGAGUUCUAUUGUCAGGAACACCCAUUCAGAACGAUCUUCUUGAGUAUUUUAGUCUCGUUCAUUUUGUGAACGGUGGCAUGUUAGGAACGGCUCCCGAAUUUAAAAGAAAAUUUGAGAAUGUUAUUAUACGUGGUAGAGAUGCAGAUGCCAGUGAUGUUGAACGUCAGAAAGGUGGUGAGAAACUUAAUGAACUCGUCUUAUUGGUCAACAAAUGUAUCAUCAGACGAACUCAAGCAAUACUGUCCAAGUAUCUUCCAGUUAAGAUUGAACAAGUGGUAUGCUGUGGUCUUACAUCGGUACAAAAACAGAUUUAUCAACGCUUAGUGUCCAGUAAAGCUGCAAAGAUAGAAGUUGGAAAAUCUGGCAAUAUUUCCUUUUCGUCUUUGGCAUUUAUUACUCAAUUGAAAAAGUUGUGCAAUCAUCCUGAGCUUCUUUUGACUGGUGGUGAAGAAGACAAGUUUGGACGAAUCUUUGAGAUGAACCAUAUAUUUCCUGGGGGUAAAACACCAAAGAGUUUUCAACCAGAUUUAUCCGGUAAAAUGAAAGUAUUAGAUUAUGUUCUGGCGAUAACAAAAUCAACAUCAAAUGACAAAGUAGUUUUGGUCUCCAACUAUACACAAACAUUAGAUCUUUUUGAAAAACUCUGUCGAUUGAGACGUUACCAGUUUGUUCGUCUUGAUGGAUCAAUGACCAUAAGGAAACGGCAGAAGAUUGUGGAUCGCUUCAAUGAUCCACUUGGAGGAGACUUUAUUUUUAUGUUAAGCAGCAAAGCCGGUGGCUGUGGCUUAAAUUUAAUUGGGGCAAAUCGUUUGGUGAUGUUUGAUCCUGAUUGGAAUCCAGCAAAUGACGAACAAGCGAUGGCUAGAGUAUGGAGAGAUGGACAGAAGAAGAAGGUUUUUAUUUAUAGGUUACUUUCAACUGGCACCAUAGAGGAAAAAAUAUUUCAAAGACAAACGCACAAGAAAGCUCUUAGCAGCUGCGUUGUGGAUGAAGAGGAAGACGUUGCAAGACAUUUUUCAAUGGAGGAUCUUAGAGAUUUGUUUAAACUGAACGAGAAUACGUCUAGUGAUACACAUGACAAGUUUAAAUGUCGCAGGUGUGUAAACAAGAUACAGGUGCGUCCCCCACCUGAGGGCUCUAGUUGUAAUUCAGAUCUCUCCGAAUGGAAUCAUUGUAAUGAUAAAAAAGGUGUGGAGGAUCUUGCUCUUAAAAAAGCAUGGGAAGAUGGUGUUACAUUUGUAUUUCAUCAUCAAUCACAUGACAAGCAGCUUGGUGUGUGAGUAGACACAUACUGGAUAAUUAAAUUGCAUAAAGGUAUUUGAAAAAAUUUAUGUGGUCUUAUGACUAGAGUGGCAAUUUUGUGGAAUCUGUGAGAUUUUAAAUGUGUAUUGAAAAGAGGAGAAGUUUCAUGGACAUGAGAAAGGAUGCUGAGUUAAGGUUUUCGAUUGUACUUUUUCUUUAUUCCUAUCUCAUAACAGAUCCCUAAAAGAGUAAAAAUAUGGAGACUAUUUUAUUUAAUAUAUUUUAUUGAACAA